GAGUAUAGUGCUUUGUCAGUGUCGCACGAUAUCAAAUGUGUUGGGAAGGUCUUUGAAAAAAAGAGGUGGCGUAUAUUUUUGUAUGCCGUCUUUCAUUGACGCCAUCAAGGUUUUUACUAUCUGUGGAUAGCGAUGGGUCUCUCUAUCCUCGGAUGCUUCUGCUGUGGUACUCUGCUGUUGCUUUGUUUGGUGGAUUUAUCUUCAUGUCAGAUCGUCUAUUCCGUCUCAGAGGAGGUGAACAAGGGAACCGUAGUUGGAAAUAUCGCAAAGGAUCUCAAUCUUAAUGUUCAGGAACUGGAAUCCCGUAUGUUUCAGAUUGUGUCUGGAUCCAAGACGAAAUAUUUCGAGGUAAAUCGUAAAACGGGCGCCCUUUUUGUCAGUGAAAGAAUCGACAGAGAGGACAUUUGUGGGACUAACAAGAAAUGUUCCUUAAAUGUAGAGGCCAUGGCACAAAAUCCCCAUAGUCUUUAUCGGAUUGAAAUAGACAUACUAGACAUGAACGAUAACGCGCCGUUCUUCUCAGUGAAUAAACUGACGCUAAAUAUAACAGAGAAUGUUAUUGCAGGGGACAAGUUUCUCUUGCCCAUCGCCAAAGAUCCGGAUGUGGGCAGUAACUCGGUGAAAGCCUACAAGCUUAGUUCAAAUGAAUUUUUCUCUCUGGAUGUGCAGAGCGGAGAACAGAGUGUGUCUGCUGAGUUGGUGCUACAGAAACCUUUAGACCGAGAGAAACAGGCUGUGAUUCAGCUCGUACUGACUGCUGUAGACGGAGGAAAACCUCCCAGAUCCGGUACCCUCCAGAUCGUAGUGAAUGUUAUGGAUAUUAAUGACAAUUUUCCCGUGUUCAGUCAGACUCUAUACAAAGUCAAAGUUAAAGAGAAUACGCCAAAAGAGACUAAGAUCGUUUCAGUUAUAGCAACGGAUUUAGAUGAAGGAGCGAAUGGUGAAAUAACAUAUUCUUUAGUGCGAGAUGGCACUGAAAAUGGGCCAGAUGUAUUCACCAUUAAUCCCGAGACAGGAGUCAUUGAGGUAACGGGACUUAUUGACCAUGAAGAAACUCCUGCAAUUGAGUUAAGAGUCCAAGCUAAAGACAGAGGUGUUCCUCCCAGAAGCACCCAUUGUAAAGUUUUAGUUGAAGUUGUCGAUGAAAAUGACAACGCACCUGCCAUCUCAGUAACGUCCCUCAUAGACACAGUACAGGAGGACGUGAAAGCGGGCACCGCUGUAGCUUUGGUCACUGUGACCGAUGGCGACGGAGGUAAAAACGGAGCGGUGCAAUGUAGCAUUGCUACAGCUGUUCCCUUCAAGCUGCAGCCAUCAUACAAAAACUAUUACUCGCUUGUGGUGGACGGGCCGUUGGACAGGGAGCUAGCAUCCCAGUAUAAUGUGACAAUUCUAGCCGUGGAUGAAGGGACUCCACCUCUCUCUAGCUCCAGUGUCGUUACCGUUCUCAUCUCUGAUGUGAACGACAAUUCACCUCGUUUUUCAGACCGCGUCAUAAGCGUUUAUUUGAAAGAGAAUAGUCCCGUGGGGUUUCCUAUUGCCACGCUGACUGCGCAUGAUUCUGACAUGAAUGAAAAUGCACAGAUUUCUUAUUCAUUGAUUGAAGAAGGGAAUACCACACCGGUAUCCACAAUGGUAAAUAUGAACUCUUUAACUGGAGAAAUAUACACCUUGCAAUCGUUUAACUACGAAGAAAUGAAACGAUUCCAGUUCCAAGUUCAGGCCACAGACGGUGGUGUUCCGCCUCUGAGCAGUAACGUGACUGUGAACGUUUUUAUCUUGGAUGAGAAUGACAACACUCCUGUUAUUCUCCCGCCCUAUUCUGACCAAGGCUCUGUCAACUCUGAGAACAUUCCCUACUCUGCUGAAGCGGGCUACUUUGUGGCCAAGAUCAGGGCUGUAGACGCAGACUCUGGUUACAAUGCGCUGCUCUCUUAUCACAUCUCUGAACCAAAGGGGCCGAAUCUGUUCAGAAUUGGAAGCAGCAAUGGAGAGAUCAGGACUAAGAGACGCAUGAGUGACAAUGACUUAAAAACUCACCCGCUGGUCAUAGUGGUGUCUGACAAUGGAGACCCUUCCCUGUCUGCCACUGUGUCUAUUGAUGUUGUGGUGGUUGAAAGUACAGGUGACAUGCAGACAACUUUCAGACAGCUAUCAGUAAAGGAGGAGAGUUUCUCAGAUCUAAACCUGUAUCUGCUCAUCUCCAUAGCCUCAGUAUCAGUGAUAUUUCUACUGAGCCUCAUCAGUUUAAUAGCGGUAAAAUGCCACAAGACAGACGGCAGUUUCAGCAGGUACAGCGCCCCAAUGAUAACCACCCACCCUGACGGGAGCUGGUCUUACUCCAAAUCUACUCAGCAGUAUGACGUGUGUUUUAGCUCAGACACAAUGAAGAGUGACGUGGUAGUUUUCCCCACGUCGUUUCCACCUGGUGACGGGGAGCUGAUCAGUAUCAAUGGAGGAGACACUUUCAGUAGGACUCAAACUCUGCCCACCUGCGAAAAGGUAAGGAGAUUGCAUACUUCUAAAAGAAAAUAG